GGCACCGACAGGGUGAUCAAGACUUCCACGAAAUGCCCAAGGAAAUCCGCGACAUCAAGCAGUUCAUCGACAUCGCCCGGAGAAAGGAUGCGAAGGAGGCACGCAUAAAGAAGGUCGCGUCGCGGGUACCCGGUGGCAAGCUCAAGACCAAGUUCAAGAUCCGGUGCACGCGCUACCUCUACACGCUCUCCCUCGACGACCCCGAGAAGGCGGAGAAGCUGAAGCAGAGCCUCCCCCCUGGUCUCAACGUCCAGGAGCUCGACGACACGCCCAAAAAGAAGUAAACGCUCUGGCCGUUUGACUUUCUCCGCCACUCUGCUGUCGCCGUUGCGCUACGGGCCGCUCUGCUAUGCCGCGGACCGCCCUCGGGCGGCGCUGCCGUAUGGAUGUAUGCUCCACCACGACUAUUCUAAUAUGCAUGCAUGGCACCCCACUGUACCCAUAGUCCUCUCUUACGGGUGUACCCCCUCGGGUCAUAUGACGGAAUCAACGCGCUCUCGCAUCAC